AUGUGUAUGGUUAUAUUUGCUCCGAUUUUUGCCAUCUGUGCUUUUGCGACAUGUGGAGGAUACCAUGGUCAUCUCCAGGUUAAAGUUGACUGUGCAGACAGGAGGCAGAGUAACCUCAGCAUCAACAUUGAUUUUAAUUAUCCUUUCCGAUUACAGCAGGUGCAUUUCAAAGCGACCUUGUGCGAGACGAAAAGAGAGGAGGUUCUCUUCCUGGAUGGAGACUCUUCUUUGGCUGCUCAGUUUUUCGUGACUGUGGGUGUCUUUGCCUUCCUGUACUCGCUGCUAGCAACCGUCGUCUAUGUGUUCUACCAGAACAAGUACCUGAAGAACAACAGAGGUCCACUUGUGGAUUUUAUCGUGACCGUCAUCUUCUCCUUCAUGUGGCUCAUCAGCAGCUGCUGUUGGGCCAAAGCUCUCUCUGAUAUCAAGACAGCCACAAACCCAACGCAGCUGCUUCUGCUCAUCUCAGCCUGCAGAGCUCAGGAAAACACAUGCACGGCUACCGAGGAGCCUCUUUGGUCACGUCUUAAUACGUCUGUGGUGUUUGGUUUUGUCAACGUCGUCCUCUGGUUCGGAAACAUCUGGUUUGUCUUCAAAGAGACAGGCUGGUACAAGACAGGUCAGAGAUACCCGACCAGGACGGCGUCUGGGAAACGCUCCAGUGAGAUGCGGCAGCGGCUCUACAGCGAGAGCAGCUUUGACCAGCCGGAGGAGAGCUUUGGUCCACACUACUCCAGACAAGAGAGUUUCAGUCAGUCAAAGGGGGAUUACGGUCAGCACCUCCCCAGGCAAGCGAGUCUCAACCAACCACAAGUAAGCUUCAGCUUACCACAGACAUAUCUUGGCAAACCUGUAACUCAUGACAGGGAGAAUAGAGUGGCUUCUCAAGGGCCAAUGAUAUUUGUCAAUGAGAUGUGAUUUUACCGAGUGAUUGACAGUGUUGUGAAAAGUGUAUUGUAGAUUAAAUCUGACUAAAAACUGAAUAUACGGUAUAUAAGGAAAAUGGAGACAUAAAUAAUGUUACUGAUGUGAAUUUGUUUUUCUGUUUGUGUGCUCCCUCUGGAUAAUGUGAUGUACUUGAGGGCUCGUCCUGAUGAUUCGAGGUCCUGCCACAAUACACAAUGAAGACAUUUGAAUAAAGUUUUAUUGGCUAUAAGGAAUAACAUUUUUCAUUUUUGCAUAUUGCAUAUUCUUACCUGUACCUGUUCCUUUUGACACAGAAAGAAGAGGAAAAGCAUUACAUAUUAUUUUCAUGGAACAAUAAUGUAUAUUAUGUGCAGUAUAACUACAGGAAUAGCUGUACCAGAUCUAAAAACAAAAAAAUCUUUACUGUUUGAUUGCAUGUGUUAUUCGUUUGUCUUUAUUGAUGGUUUCCUGGUAUAAUAACUGUUUUAAAAUGAAAGUGGAUAUUGUUAAAACUUUAUAUAUGUGAUGAUGUUAUUUAUUUGUUUAUUUAUUAUUUUUACAUGUAAAUACACGUGUGGUUACUUUUUCAUGAUACCUGUGUCAUACUUUAACUUUGAUGUAAAAUAUGCAUUAUAUAUUACACCAUCAUUGUCACAGUCCUUGGCAUUAUACUGAUCUGAUUAUUAUACAUUAAAGCUAUAAUUUCAUAAAGGAAAUAUAUAUAUUUUUUGACAUAAUUCAUAAUUCAUACAAUGCAGUUUAGAGAAAAAUGAAACAAGAGUCUGGGUCAGCAAGAGAUGAAGGAAUUGAAUUGAAUUUAUUUAAGUGUUUCUGUAAGUAUUCUUUUUUCCACUGAUACUCAGGGAAUCACUAAUGAAUAGUGACUGUUGCCUUAAAUACCAAUGUAGACAUUAAAGCAUGUUUCACACUGUGUAUCAGGAUUAUCUCUCUUCCUGCAAAGGUCAAACGGGAUGAGAUAAUCCAUUGUGGUAUCAGUUUCAUCCUGUCUAAGACAA